AUGACCGCCGCCAAACAAAUCAUGUUGGCCCUAUAUAUCACAGAGAUCAAAUCAUUAAACAUACUUUUAAUAUUCGGCGGAGUAUUCCUUUUGAGUUCAUUCUCAGUUAUACAAUUAUAUUGGUGCAAGGUGAUCACGACGAUAGAGACAUCUGAACAGAUAAAGAAGUUUAGCAAGAUAAUGUAUUGGGUCAUCAUUGGUAUUGGAGCAUCAACUACAUUCUUUUUAAUCGUUGGAUUCCUGUUGUGGUGGGAUAGAGCUGCAACCAAUGCCAUCCUUAUAGUAUACUCUAUACUAUGUAGUCUAACAUACUCAUUGAUAGUAUGGAGACUGUACAUAUAUUGGACACACAUGGAUAUCAACAAUCCAACAAUUGGCAAAGAGAUACAUAGAAAGAUUAUACAGAUAAUAUUAUUGGCCAUUGUAAUCAUUGGUGCUGGAAUGGUGUUUGGACUGACAUUGAUCGGUCUGACAAUAUGGACACCAUCAAGUGACAAUGAGAAUGUGGCUUGGCUGUUCAUCAGUCGUUCUGCCGAAUGCCUUUAUGUGUUUGGUAUACUUUUCUUCAAGCCAAUGUCAUUCAAGAAGAAUUCAAGACAACAAGUGACUGAUGUUGAGAUGACCAAGAAGCCACCAACACCACCAAUGCAACAUUCUCCAAAGUUACUCUCGGGAGCAUCAUCUCCGCCAUCACCAUCCACUCCUCGUGCUCUGGACAUCCAGCCAACUGGACGUGUCUUGGAAAGAGAAGUG